AUGGCAUACGACCGGUACGUUGCCAUCUGCCAACCACUGCACUAUGAGAGAGUUAUGAACAGGAGAGCUUGUGUCCAAAUGGCAGCCAGUGUCUGGAUCAGUGGUAGUCUCUUUUCUGCACUGCACACUGGGAACACGUUUGCAUUAACCUUCUGUGGAGGCAACAUGGUGGAUCAGUUCUUCUGUGAAAUCCCCAAGCUACUAAAGCUACUAAAGCUCACCUGCUCUGACUCAUACCUCAGUGAAGUUCAGGUUCUCACCUUUAGUGCAUGCUUAGGCUUAAGCUGCUUUGUUUUAAUAAUUUUUUCUUAUGUUCAGAUCUUCAAAACAGUGCUGAGAAUCCCCUCUGAGCAAGGACGCCAUAAAGCCUUCUCCACUUGUCUUCCUCACCUCAUUGUGGUCUCUUUAUUUGUUUUCACUUGCAUCUUUGCCUACCUGAAACCCACCUCUAGUUCUACAUCGGGUCUGGAUCUCGUGGUGGCUCUUCUCUACUCCAUGUUACCGCCAAUGAUGAAUCCAGUUAUCUAUAGCAUGAGGAACAAGGACAUCAAAGCUGCAUUGAGGAGACUGACUGGGUGGACGUUAUUCACCAAGAAUUAA